CAGAGAAUUGUAGGCCCAUUUCGAAUUUUCGAUCGAGACAGAGAUAGAGACGAGCACAGUCGAAGGAGGAAAAAGAAGAAGAAGAAGAGAUGCCGGUGAUGGAGAAGCUGAAGAUCUUCGUGGUGCAAGAGCCUGUCGUCGCUGCUUCUUGCCUCAUCGCUGGCUUUGGCCUUUUCCUUCCAGCUGUAGUGAGACCCAUACUGGACUCCUUUGAAACUUCAAAGCAAGUACCUCCUCCUGCUUUGAAUGAUGUGGUUGCAGGUAUGACCGGUAAAAAACAAGGGUAGUAUGGAUAUUAGAAGUAAGCAAUGAUUUGUCUUAUCCUGCCUCCAUUCCCCUUCCCCUCUUACUCUGAUUAGAGAUUGGAAUAAGAUUUUUUUAUCAUGUGAGAACAGAGAAUUAUUGUUGCUACUGGUUAUUCACCUUUAUUUUUGCUUGUGGAUUUUAAUGCUGUUAAAACAUGUGGUUUCUCAUGCUAUCAAUCGGAAUUGGAUGAGCUCCAUAAGAAGCUUAGUUCUGCAUGUUUGGUUGUCUG